UUUUAUAUUCGUAUAUGAGUAUUAAAAAAAAAUAAUAAUAAAGAAAUAAAUAAUAAGAAAACAAUAUACUGUAAUGUGUGACACCAAGAAACAACUGUCUAUCGAUGACAUCGCUAGUGGUGACAGAGAGACAGGACCAGGGCUCUGUGACAGCACUUCUGAUACAAUUUCUAUGACAUCAGACAUUUCUGCUGAUCAAAUUGACCAGCAAGUUGUUUUCCAACAACGUCAUGAAUAUCAGCAACUGCAAAACCAACAGAAAUUACAACAAACAACACAAUCACUGUUGAUGGCCAGUGCGAUGUUAGUGGGUUGCUCUAGUAAUGCUGUGGGCGUUCAUAACAAUAGCUGCAAUAACCCAAACUCCAACAACAACAACAACUACACUAUAAAUAAUGAAGGUGAUAUUUCACACCAUCAAGGUCACUACAGCAGCUCCAAUAUUUUUGGAUCUACUGAUUCCAUGAAUGCUCCUUUAAUGGCACUGCCUAUUAGUGUGAUUCCAACAACCGCAACAACUUCUAACAACAGAACACCGAUUGGCCAAAUAAUAAUGAAUUCAUCGUCAAAUUUAAAAACGAUGCAAAUUAAUGUGCACGAGCUUAUAAUGGAGAAUCAAUCGCUACGGGAACAACUUAAAGAAGUCACUGUAGAUCGUGAUCGAUUAUUGUGUGAAGUUUCUAAUCUUCGCAUGGAACUAGAUAUGUUUGAAUUGAAGCGUUUGCCGGAAGAAAAUUUUCCCCAAAAGCCAAUUGAACGUAGUGGAUCAGCUCAGUAUGGCAUUGCUGGAAUACCGGGAUCAAAUACCUCCGGUUCUGAGAGUGGAGGAUAUGUUUAUUUACAACAGCACUAUGUUCCCUCGUCAGCAUCCACGAAUUCGACCAAUUCAAUUCCGUAUCAAACAGACAACCAGCCAUCUGUGGUCUUCCAACAACAUCCACAGCACUAUGCAUCGUGCCAUCAACAACAGCAACAGCAGCAUCAAUUGCCCAUAAAUUUUCACACUGGUGGAAUACAUUAUGCUCAUCAUAUUAAUACCCAUGAUCAUGGUUAUCAUAAAAAUCACCAUCAUCAUAUUCAUGGUCACCAUCAACAUCAUUACCAUCAUGGAGGAGCGGUUGUUAUAGCUGGUAGUGGCGUUGGUACUGGAAUAGGCAGUGGAGGCACUUCACCUUCUUCAAUGCACCAACAAAACACGAAUAAAAAAAAUACAAUUCGCAAUGGCAGCGAAGUAAUGAAACGAUCCAGAACACAGUCUGCGUACGAACUUUCACAGGAUUUGCUUGAGAAGCAAAUUGAAUUGUUGGAACGUAAAUACGGCGGCGUGCGUGCUCGAAACGCUGCAAUAACAAUUCAAAGAGCAUUUCGUCACUACAUGAUGGUAAAGAAAUUUGCCUCAAUAACAGCAAUGGCCAAAGCAGAGAAACGACUAAGUCGGCGCACCAUGGUUGUUGGUGGCACAGGAGUGGAUGAAACAGCGGCAGCUAAUGCAUCAAUGUCUUCCGCAUAUGGCAGUAAUGCAGAAUCUCAAUUAGAGCCAAAUCAAUCAGUGCAAGGAGGCCAGCAACAGCAAAUGCAACCACGCGUAACUAUAAUGCCAGGUCCUCCUGGUGGUGUUGGCCACCAAUCGCUCGCAUCAGGCUCAAGAACACCUCCAACACGAUCGUUGUCGAUGCGUGAGCGACGACAUGUUGACGGCGGCACAAUACCACGCAGUCAAUCAGGAGCUUCCAACACUUCGGCCUCAAAUUCGGUGUCUGCUGGUGUGACUGGAUCGAGCCAUCCUCAUGUCAACCUGUUACAUACUGCUGAUCCUCAUUACUACGCAGCUCAUAGUUUAAGUGGUGCGCAAAUGGCAGCAUACUGUGGUAGUUAUCAAUCCGUUCAGCAUGACGGAAGUUUUGCAAGUUCAGCGAAUAGUUCGCACUUGGAUUCAUCACUUAAUGUUUCUUGGGUAAAUGCGAGUGGGACAUCACCUCACACACCAUAUUAUUCGGCAGCUCAAAUUUAUAUGAGGCCACGUGGCUCGUCUACUUCGUCGCAAGAUCGCAAGAAAGUUCCACCAGAGGUGCCAAAGAGAACAUCUUCAAUAACGGCUCAACAACAUGCACAACAUUUAGCCGCACAGCAGCAGCAACACCAAAUGCAUCAGCAAAUGAUGGUGAUGCGACAAACUCCCCCGCCUCCCUCGCUAAUUCGUUCAAAUGGUCUUUGUAAGUCGGCCGAAAAUGGCAGUCUUACUUCGGUGCAGAGUUCAGGCAGUGACUCGAGCGCUACCUCCGUGGAACGUAAUGCCAUCAGCGAUUUGGGUUCGGAUCGCUCGAACUCUCCAAAUACUUGGAAGCGUGGCACUAAUCUGAAUAGUUCUCAACAGUUUGUUCACACAUCUGAUCCGGCAUUUGCACACGCACAAAAUUCCGCAGCAAUAGCAGCGUUGGUAAGUGGCGUGGUACCUUCAGAAGAUCAUGCUAUUUCAUCACACACUAGUGCUGCCCAGUAUGAACAUCACGAGCAACACGAACAUCAGCAAAUAAUAGCAGCCACUACCCAAACUCCGCCCAACUACAAGGUUUCGGAAACCAUUCGCAAGCGCCAGUAUCGUGUUGGUUUGAAUCUGUUUAAUAAGAAACCUGAAAAGGGUAUAACCUACUUAAUACGUCGAGGUUUUCUAGAAAACACGCCACAGGGCGUCGCCCGUUUUCUCAUCACACGCAAAGGAUUAUCCCGUCAAAUGAUUGGCGAAUAUUUGGGAAAUUUACAAAAUCAAUUUAACAUGGCCGUACUUAAUUGCUUUGCAAUGGAACUAGACUUGUCUGGCAUGCAAGUUGAUGUUGCUCUGCGAAAAUUUCAAGCCUAUUUCCGCAUGCCUGGCGAAGCUCAGAAAAUUGAAAGGCUUAUGGAGAUUUUCUCACAACGAUUCUGUCAAUGCAAUCAAGAUAUUGUGGGCCGACUUAGGUCAUCAGAUACGAUCUUUGUUCUAGCAUUUGCUAUUAUUAUGCUUAACACCGACUUGCAUACACCCAACUUAAAACCAGAAAGACGUAUGCGUGUGGAGGACUUUAUAAAAAAUCUGCGUGGUAUCGACGAUUGUCACGAUAUCGAUAAGGACAUGUUGGGUGGAAUAUAUGAGCGAGUCAAGGCAAACGAGUUUAAACCUGGCAGUGACCAUGUAACUCAAGUGAUGAAGGUUCAAGCAACAAUUGUAGGAAAGAAACCUAACCUAGCACUGCCGCAUCGUCGUCUAGUGUGUUAUUGUCGCCUAUAUGAAAUUCCCGAUAUUAACAAAAAAGAACGGCCUGGCGUACACCAACGUGAGGUUUUUCUUUUUAACGAUCUGCUAGUCAUUACAAAAAUAUUCAGCAAGAAAAAAUCAUCGGUAACGUAUACAUUUCGCAACAGUUUUCCGCUAUGCGGAAUGGUUGUUACGCUCUUGGAUGUGCCCAACUAUCCCUUUUGCAUUCAACUGUCGCAAAAGGUUGAUGGCAAGAUUCUUGUUACUUUCAAUGCUCGCAACGAGCAUGAUCGCUGCAAGUUUGCUGAAGAUCUUAAAGAAUCCAUUUGUGAAAUGGACGAGAUGGAAUCUUUGCGAAUAGAAGCCGAACUUGAACGCCAAAAGUCAGCACGAACUCGUGCCACAGGUAAUUCGGAAAACCGAGAUAGUGGUGUGGCAGAUGUUGAGGUAUGUCCAUGCCCAUACCAAACACCACAAACAAAUGAGCCUGCACAGAAUUCAGCAGAGAACACGCAACAAUUAAAACGAAGUGCCCUCAGCAACAGCUUGUUGGACAUACAUGAACAGUUCGGUGGCGAUAAACCGCAGAGACGUGGCAGUGUUGGCUCCCUAGAUAGUGGCAUGUCAAUAUCUUUUCAAUCGACUACAACCAGUAAUGCAUCACGUGAGAACGCUGCUGUUAUAGCUGCUGCAGCAAAUGCUGCUGCCGCCAAAAUGAGAUUGGGACCUACUGCUGCUGCACCUGCUGGAGGCUUAUAUAUCGCACCGGGUGUUCAGGGUUAUAAUCAAAUUGCUUAUGUCCAGCAACAGCAACAACCACAUCCGCAUAUUGUUCAACAACAGCAGCAACAUCAGAUUCAGCAAACACAGCAACAACAUCAACAAUCUCAGACACCAGCAACUGGUCGUAUACCACCUGGGCGUGAGAGAAAACUUUCCCGUUCAGAGGAAAAUAGAUCGACUGAAGUUUAAGAUAUUCAUUAUGAAAUCUAUACAUCAAAUAUUUUUAUCUCAUUGUCUCCUCUAACUCAUGAAGACCAAAAAUCUUCCCUCCCCAAAUCCCUAAUUCUCUAACUCACUAAACAUUUAUACAUACUAUAUACGUUUUUGUUUUUAUUUUCUUAAAUACAUAAAAAUUGUCCAAUUCACGUUGUAUUUUUGUAUCGUUGCAAGGCAAAAAGUAUGUUUUAAAGUAAAAUCAUACAAUAAUACUACAUCGAUACACAACAGCGGUUCUGAAUUGCACAAAUAUAAUACGACCUAUUUUAUUCAUCCUCUACUUUUACAGUUUUGUAUUAUUGGUUUCGAUAAAUAAUAUUAUACCUACAUACAUACUAUAUACACACAUAUUUAAUAUAAAAACUUGUCUUCAAAAUGACAAAAUUAUUCAUUUUUUUUUUUUUGUAAAUUAGCAUUUAAGUAUUAUCUACAUACAUGCAUAUAUACAUAUACAUACAUAAAUAAAUAAUAAAAAAAAACAAAAUCAUUUCUAUGAACUAAACUAUUAACUAAUAUUGUAAAAAUACAUCCAUAUGUAAGUAUGUAUGUUUCGUUGACUAUAUACAUAUCUACAUAUGUAUGUAUGUAUAUGCAUAUAUAUAUAUAUAUACUAUAUAUAUAUAUUAAGUUAUGUGUACAUCUAUUUAUCUGUAUUAUUUUAUUAAAUAAUAAUCCUAAACAUGUUUUGUAUAUAUUUUAAUUGACACAGAAGCAUUAAAAAGCAAUUUAAAUGAAAAAAGUGAAAA